AUGGCUGCAUCGAAGAAGAAAUCACUGCCUCUAAGGCACCUGACGGACACUUUCAUAAACCAAAGAGAGCAGAUGCUAACAAAGAGCCACCUGCAGGAGCGCUGGCAGGAGCUGAAGGAGAGAGAGCUCAUCGCUCAACAAAACAACAGGCAGCUGCUGCAGCAGUUUGAUGAUGCCCAGGACACACUGAGAGAGAUGAUAACACUCACUGCUGACAUGACAACUAUUCGGAUGGAGUACGAGCGGUACCUGGAGGAGAGUUACCCCCGCUGGCAGCAGCAGCUCGAGAGGAAAACACAGUCUGCUCAGAGACAGAGCAUGGAGGAGUACUUAAGGUCAUGUCUAAAGAACAGAGAGGAACGGGUGUCAACAUCCUCAGCAGAUCGAGGCCCAACAUCAAUGUCACAGCAAAUGGUUGCACCUCCAAACCACUACAGCCAAAACCUCCACAUGGACUACAACCAACAUGGCUCCCCUCGUCUCCCCUACGUACAAACUUCCUGGCAGCCCCCCACUCAAUUCCAGAGAGCUAGGUUUCCCAUCAGAGCCCAACAUCAACCCCAGGGUUACUCUCACGUCCCUCCAUCUUUCCCCCAACAUCCUGACCCAUGCCAUCAUCAACACCUCGACUCCCCACCCGGCUAUCAUCACUCCAGGCAAGAUGCACCAGGCUGGGCCCCCCUGCAGCCUGAACCCCCCUGGCCUUUGGCUGCUGGUGCGGCUGGGAUCUCUGCAUGCUCCGAGGCUCUGUUGGGUCCGCUCUACAGGGAGGAACCCCCUCGUGAGAUAAAGGUGACGGAGGAGGAGGUGGACACAAGCCUAGCACCAAGCUCAAAGAGAGAAGGAGGGAGUGGAGGCAGGAGCAGUCAUUUUUCCCAGGAGCUGGACAUUAAACCAGUUCGUCUGUCUGGUGGCCCUGCAGAGAGCAGCAGGGAGUCCAGUCAGGGGAGCAGAGUGGAGAAGAAGAAGAGAGGCACAUCACAGAAAGCGUCCUUGGACAGCUGCAGCUCUCACGAGUCAUCUGAGAGUUCCAGUGCAAUCGUCAUUGCUGCAGCAACAGCAGCCCAAAACUCAGAAAGCGACGCCUCAUCAAAGAAAAGCAGAUCCAGCACGAGUAGGGGGAAGAGGAGUGGUGAGGGGCUCGCUGUCGGGGGAAGCAAGGGAGACAACUCAGGGAGUCCCAGAGAGGAGAGUCGGUCCACUAGUGAGGAGUUAGGGGGUCUAGUUGAGGAGGCCAGGAUCGAAGGAGGAGGUAAUCAAAGACAUGGGGAUAAUUCAGAGAGCUGUGGAGAGGAGUCAGGGUCCCAGAGGGAGGAGUCAGGGUCCCAGAGGGAGGAGGAGGCUAGAUCCCAGAGGGAGGAGGAGUCAGGGUCCAAGAGGGAGGAGUCAGGGUCCCAGAGGGAGGAGGAGGCUGGGUCCCAGAGGGAGGAGGAGUCAGGGUCCCAGAGGGAGGAGGAGUCUGGACAUGUUAGUGUAAAGAUUGAAAACAGAGGUGGAGAUGAAAUAGAAAAGCAGGAGAGUAACAGCUCUGAACAAAGCAGUGUAGAGGGAAAGGAAGAGAAAGAACCAGGAAGUGGAGAUGGAGAGGGAAAUGGUGGUUGCGCUGAAGAAAAAGAGAACAACCAGACAGAUGAAGAGCAAGAGGAAAGAGACGUGGAUGAUGAUGAUGAAAAUGUGGCAUCGGAAAAAAAUAAUACUACAGAUAAAGAAGAGGAGACAGGAUCGGGAGAAGAGGAUGAGGAAGAGGAAGAGGAGAAGGGUGAUCCUGAGGAAGAAAAGUCCGAGAUGUUGCAGAUUGAAGAUGGUGAGAACCAAAAAAGGGUUUCUACAUCUUCUCAACAUGAAGAUGAGGACAAUGAAAGAGAGGAGAACACGGAUGAUGAAGAGUCAGAUGAAGACGAAGCAGGAGAACCAGAGGAGGAAAGAGAUUCAGACGACAGCAUCAUCUCACCACCGCAAAACAGAUCUAAAAAGAUGAAGGUUAUUCCUGAAGAGAACAGUGGAGAAGAUGAGGAGGAGGAGGAGGAGGAAGGGAUCAAAACGGAAUCCUCUGAAGAUGAGAUCAGUGACGACGAUGUCGAGAAUCUACUUGCGCCUCAAGAUCAAUCUGAGAAAGAAGGAAAGGACCUGAAAGCUGCCGAGAAACCAAAAGUUUGUGACAACGUGGAGAUGUUUCAAGUUAAGCCGGACAGAUCAACCAAGUCGGAUCACCCGAGUGACUCUGAUGAGUUCGACCAGUUUUAUGAAUAA